UGGCCGCCCCCGCCCCCGCCGCCGCCGCCGAACAGGAGCUGUGAAGGAACAGCCCCACAGACUGCUGGCUAAACUUUGUCCCCUCUGGUUUCUCUCACCGAGCCGACACCUCUUUGUUUCUGUCGGGGUCAAGUACCGCCGCUUUCCCGAGGGCUUCACACCGAAACCACAGGCGUUAGAGACGGCCAGGCGCGCUGGUGGCAGCUCCGAUAAUUUGCUGAGAUCCACAAAAGAGGAAGAGGAGGAAGGAAGGAGGGAGAAGAAGAAGGAAGGUGGGACUGAGCGGAGCUUGGAGAAGUUGACACUUCGUUGUUAUGUUGGGUACUUGUUGAAUAAGCUGCGUGUACACACAGAUACGACACUGCGGCCUUUGUGGGCAGCGAGCUGGAAGCUGGGUCUUCUAAAACACCAUGAAGGAGUGAGAAGUGGGGGCAGAGAUGGCAGAGCUGGAGAUCGACCAGUCCAACCUUCCACGUGUCCAAGAAGUUUGCCAGACCUUUGCUGUGCUCGAGGAUGGAGUGUUGGCACACAGCCUGCAAGAGCAGGAGAUUGAGCAAUACUACACCACCAAUAUCCAGAAGAACCAACUGGUGCAAAAUGACAUCCGGGUAGCCCGGAGGCUGCAGCAUGAGGAGGAGCAGCAGCGGGCCCAGCAGAGCGCCCUCUUCAGACAGGUUUCCAGACAAAUGGAAGAGCAGGACUUUGAAUAUGCCCGGGUGAUUCAAGAAGAGCUCCAGCGACGCGCUGAGGAGGCACACAGGAGGGAGCAGGACGAUGAGGAAAUAGCUAAACAGCUGCAGGAAGAGGAGGAGCAGCAGGUCAGGAGGACGAGUCAAGACCAGGAGGAUUUUCAUGAAGGCAGCACCAGUGGUCCUGCACUGCCGUCCUCUCACCAUCACACACUCAGCAGCCCUCACCCAGGACAGCAGCAGUACUCGCCUGUCACCAGCAGGUGGCAGCAUUCUACCGCUCAUCGUGGUUCAGUGCUAACUGGGCCUCAGAGUGGUUCUCCCAGGAGAGCAGCAUCUCAGAGCAGCACAACUUCAUGGUCAAAUCAAGGGCAUGCAGAGACCAGCAGGCAAAGAAGGCCUGAGCUCAGAGAGCCUGUAGAUGAGGAUUCAGAAGACUCGGAUACUGUUUUUACUGAACAGCUCUCUGUUUGGGCCCGGCGUCUGUAUGACGGGGCAAAUACGGCGCCUCGUCAACGACAGGCUUCUUUAAGAUCCCCACAAGAGAGGAAUUACAGAAGUCUGUGCACUCGCAGCAGCUUCACAAAGGACUUAGCAGGCAGGGAGGAGGAGAGCGAAAACUGUGAGGAAGACUAUUACGAAAACGAUAAUGUGCAAUGGAGAAUAUCUAGGAAUGUGGAUUAUGAAAGCGAUGAACAUGAAGGCAGGCCUCAGGAAGCGGACAGCAGGCCAGCCGAGGCCUGCGAAAGGCGAUGUCACCGCAGCGAAUCGGUGAGCGUACACAACCGAAGUAGACACAGAAACGGAGACCUGGCAAGAACCUGGAGCUGCAAGGAGAACCCUGAUAAACACGUCCGCUUCCAGGACGAUCAGAGAGGUCCUGUCAGGAAGCAGGACGACAGCCUGAAGGUGUGGGAGAUGCUCGGCCACCUCCUGCAGGAGAGGGGCGUCCCUGUGAAGGUUGGUGGCAGCGGGGCGCCGCUGCAGAUAAGGGCUCAAAGCAGAGACAGCCAGGCGCUUUAUGGGAGCGAGGUCUCCUAUGGUGACUCCCAGCCACAUCAGAGAGCCUUCCAACGAGCCGCCGCCACCAGGCACAGUUUCCAUGGAGAUAUCAGGCAGAGGAGGAGAUCGUCACACGGAGAAAGCUUUGGGAGAGAUCACAGAGCAGACCAAGACAGGCGUAAUUAUAACAGAGAGGUUUGUGACUGCAAUAGUGGAGAGCCUCAUGUCUUUGACAGAGGCACAAGAUGGAGCGAACACAAAUAUGUAAACAUUGACAAUAACAGAGAGAGAAAAGCGAAUCAGACCAGAGUAAAGAGGGUGACAAGCGAACGCAGGCACUGGCACAAGAUCACAGAAGAAACGUUGAGCUCAGACGAGGAGCAGGAGGCGGAGAGAAGAGCGGAGCGUCCAAGGCGAAGAGCGCUACAUCGUAGCCAAAGCUUCAGCAGCAGCAGGGGUUCGAGCAGACACAGGUCGAGGCACGUAGCAGCAGGAGCUUCUCUGCAACCAGAGCCAAGCGAGGCAGGCCUGGAUCUGGGAGCCUUGCAUCAGGUCCUACAAGAUGAAGAAAUGGCCCGCAAGCUUCAGGAGGAGGAAGACAAGCAGCUGAGGAGGACGUCUUUACGCAGUUCCUAUCCAGAGGGGGACUUCAGGGUAGCUCAGGUUGCACAAGAUGAGGAAAUUGCACGUUUUAUGCAGAAGCAGGAAAUCAAGGCCAAGCGAAGAUCUCGUGAACUGGAAGGGCCAGGAUCCUGGCACGAACACAGAGCGAUGAUGAAUCACUACGACAGGCGAGCUGCCAGAGAAAGACAGGUGUAUCGAGAAAGACUCGACUCGGAGGGUCUCCCCUCUCCGACUGAAGACUGCUCGCCGGAGAACCAGCCACCCAGCCCCGUUCACGCCCUACCAAAAGCCCAGCAGAUGAGAAACAUAGCAGAGGAGCUGGACCCGACCUUCCAGGGCCGAGUGCACGUCCCAGAGAGCUUCCAAGCAGGACAAACUGUUACAGGUCAGACCAGUGAGGCGCUUCCCACCGCCCAAUCCGGCUCCCAGGACCUAACCCUUGAGGAACCGACGUUCAUACCACCGACAAAACGACAGGCGGAUAAAUCUGGACGGAGUAAACCCAAAGAGAAGAGGGAAGGAUGCAAGCAGCAAUAAACAGAUUGCGCUGACGGGAAAUGGUUGUUUUUAUAAGAUAAUUUUAAUCUAACAAAGGGUUCUCAUUGUUUAUUGCUUUAUCAUCAAAAACUGAAAGAAAAACCAAGACAAGCACUUUAGGUUAGUAAAGCAAGGACGCAUUAUUAUCGCAUUUUGGACACUAGAACCAAAAGGGAAUUGCUUAAUUUGUUGAAGUACUUUUUAAAAUGUGUAUAUUUAGUGUUUAAUUUAACAAUAAUAGCAUUAAUGUUUGCUUUUUCAUAUCAGCAGCCAAAUGUUUUUUUUACCGCAAACGGAGCGCCUGACUUCAGCUCAGAUACGAUUCGUUGUACGUUUCCUGCCUGGGAUUUGGAUAAAAGCUCCAAACACUCUUCAGUUUGGUUCAACCACAAACUGUUUUCUCCGAAGGCUGAAGAAGAAGUGAGAUUGAUGACACGUGAACUUGGUUUUAAUCACCUGCGCUUGCAUGUGUGUGCUACCUUUGUGUGUGUUUUCAGGUGUUAUUGUUUACAGCUGUUCAGUGACAAUCACAUGAACUAACCUGAGAAUGAAAACUGAUCAACAUUGGAAGGUUUUUUUUUAAAAAUUCAAUGCUGAAUUAUAUUCAUACCACCUAAAGUUUUUUCUUUUUGUUUAAACCAGAGCAGAGAAUUUUAUUGGCAUUUCAUGACAGUUUUAAAAAGUCUUUGAGGGUAAAUAUCUACAUUGUGUAAUUGUCGAUGUUUACAAAUGAACAACCGCUUGUCGCAGUUGCACAAAUGCCACACUUUUCAGAUUUCUACACUAAGUUAACCCUUUAUUUGCCAGGUGCAAAGGUGGUCAGAGUCGCUACUUUUUGUGCUGGGUUUUCACGACUUCUCAUGUUUGUGGUUGUAACAUGAGGAAUGUGGAGAAUUUGAGUAUGGAUGCUUUUACAAAACAAAACAGUCUUUAACAGGAUGAGCUACACUCCCAGGUCCAACUCUAAAACCUCCUGUUGACCUGCGUUUCUAUAUUCAGUGAAAUGUGACGCCAAAGAGUCUGUCAGAACUCGCUCUGUGGGAAAUUACCUCAUGCCAAGCACUAAUAUUCAUUCUGAUGAUUAAAAACUUUGGGAUUUUU